GUAUUGAAAAAAAGACAACUAUUAGUGAAAGAACCGCGUCAACAUGGCUCAACAAGUUGGAAUAGCACUAUAAGGAGUGGAAGAAGGACUUUUUUGCCUAUAAUAGCGAAUCUAGAACCCCUUCUUAUUGAAUAUGAUGAAAAUGAUCUAAAUAAAUUAGUUGAAAAAAAUAUUUCCCCUAAUGAAAUGCCACAUUGUGUAAUAACACAUGAUGAAACAACAUUAGCCGCAAACGAUAAUAAAAAGACUGGAUGA